CAUACAUUAAAUAAAGAUACGAUAACUACGUAUUUUUUGUCUUCAAGAUCCAGUAUUACAUAUUAAGAAGAAUUCGUAGUACUGUUCUCAUUUAAAUCCAUCAGAAGGUUUACUAUGGCAUCAGCUAGUUUCUGUGAUCCUUGCUAUGAAGCUAAUAAGUCAUUAACAGCAACAAAAUAUUGCUCUGACUGCGAAGAAAGACUUUGUACAAAAUGUGCAGAAUCACAUUGCAGAUUCAAAGCUUUCAAAUAUCACCAUGUUAUCGACCUGUCGUCCAUUGGAUCCAAUAAACUUAUAUCAGCGAUGAAAAACUGCAAAGUCCAUCCAGAAAUGGUUUUAGAUUAUUACUGCACAGACCAUGAGAUCGUAUGCUGUAGAUCCUGCAUAUCUAAUGAACACAGGGUUUGUCAGAACGUACUCCCAUUGGAACUGGCCUCGAAGUAUGUUAGAAAGUCUGCACUGUUUAACGAUGUUAUGGAAGACAUAACGCAUCUUAUCACAACAUUGAAAGCUUUAGACAAUAACAGACAGUCAAACUUACAAUCAAUGGAGAAAUCCAAAUCAACAAUAACCAAGCAGAUCCGAGCAGUGAAAUCCAAAUUUUUGAAACAAAUUGACGAUUUGGAGCGUGAAUUAACAACCACUUUAUCAUCUCUCCAACGAAAACAUGAAAUCGAAAUCAACAAACAAAAGCAAGAAAUAUCGCAAGUUUUGGUCAAUGUCAUAGAAAAAAAAACCGAGAUGGAUUUUUUGAGUGAUCAUGGAUCUAAGAAUCAGCUCUUUAUAUUCCUACGCCAACAAGUAACAAAUAUUCAUAGUGCUGAGGCAAAGAUUCAGCAGAUAGUAUCUGAUUCACAAGAAUUCGAUAUAACCUUUGACGAAAAGAAAGAUGGUAAGCUUGAGUCUCUCGGGUCACUAUCAGAGUAUGUUCAACAAUGUCAAGUUCAAUACAAACCAAAGAAAUUUCAACAAGCCCAGAUAAAGGCGGAACCAAUGAAAAACAUUCUAGGGUUUGAGAAGGAUACAGUAUUGAAACUCAAUACUGAUGUGGUUAACACUCUUAUUAGUGUAUCAGUGACAGAUAAUAAUAAGCUCCUCAUUACUAAUAGAGCAUCAUCCGAUCCCAAACUCUAUGUUUACAGAGACUGUAAAGAUUAUGAGACAGAUAUAACUUUUUCCUCCGAACCUCAUAGUGUUGCUGUGAUACCUGGUACAGACAGAGCUGUUAUUACCCUACCCAGCGAGCGGUCUAUACAAUUCAUCAAUACGACAAAGAUGACAAAGGACAACACAGUUAACGUCGGAUUUACAUGUUAUGGUAUUACUGCUGGACGUGACAGAAUUUACGUUGGUGGUACAGGUGGUACUAUCAAAACAUUAGACCCCAAUGGGACAAUUCUAAAAACGAUUCAACAAGGAUCUAAUAAUAUUUUCUUCAUAGCAUACGAUGAUAUUCAUGAUCAUUUGAUUGUUAGAUGUCAUGACAAACUCCUUUGUAUCAAAGUAGAUGGAACCCAAGUAUACAGCAAAGACGUUUCAGGUUUAGCAGGAGUAACACGCGAUAGGCGUGGUAACAUUUACUACGGUUGUUACUAUGCCAACAACAUACAGAGAAUAUCAUCAGAUGGGGAAAACUGUGAAGAAAUGCUGAACAAAGACAAUGGCAUUUACCGUCCGUAUGGAAUGUGUUUUAAUAACGACUUCACGAAACUGUUUGUAAUUAAAAACGAAGGUAAAUCUGUUCGUGUAUACAAAUGCAAGUAA